CCACCGGCUGAAAGUCUAAUAAAAAAAAAAACAAAUUUUAUUGGAACUGAUAAGCAAAAAAAAACAUUGCUAUAAUUAACUUUCUACUGUUUAUAAUUACCCAACAAUUGCUUACGUGUAUAAAAAUGGAGUAUACUAACAAGAAUUUUCCACCUUUAAAAAAUGAUAGGUUGCUAAAAGCAGCAUGUGGUAAGGAAGUUGAUAAAGUUCCGGUUUGGGUAAUGCGACAGGCUGGGCGAUAUUUACCAGAGUUUCAAGCUGUACGAGCGAAACAUGAUUUUUUUACUGUCUGUCGGACACCUGAACUUGCUUGUGAGGUUACACUUCAACCUUUGAGGCGUUAUGAACACCUAGAUGCAUCAAUCAUUUUCAGUGACAUUCUUGUUAUACCACAAGCGUUAGGCAUGACUGUGGAAAUGCAUCCUGGUGUGGGCCCUGUCUUCCCAACACCUCUCCAGGAUGUCUCAGAGAUAGAUGAACUUAAAGAAGAAGGUGCUGUAUCAAGACUUACUUAUGUGGGUGACGCAAUAACUUUGACACGGCACAAAAUAGAAGGAAAAGUACCCUUGAUUGGAUUUACAGGAGCACCAUUCACCUUGAUGGGAUACAUGAUAGAAGGUGGUGGAAGUAAGACUAUGUCUAAAACAAAGGACUGGUUAGAAAAAUAUUCUAAGGAUGUUCAUAGACUACUUAGUUUGUUAACUAGAGUGAUUGUGGACUAUUUAGUCAUGCAGGUGGAAAGUGGAGCUCAAUUGCUUCAAGUUUUUGAAUCAAGCGCAGACCACCUCACAAGAGAACAAUUCAAUGAGUUUUCUGCACCAUACCUUAAAGAUAUCAGAUCAGGUGUAAAAAAAAUAUUAGAAGAAAAAAGUCUGGAUCAAGUGCCUAUGACAAUAUUUGCAAAGGGUGGUGGACAUUCCUUAGAUGUACAAGCCCAGAUGGGCUAUGAGACUAUUGGCUUAGACUGGACUGUAGAUCCCAUUGAAGCUAGAAAAAUUGUAGGUAGCAAUAUCACUCUGCAAGGAAAUCUUGAUCCUCAAGAUUUGUACAAAACUCCAGAAGAAAUUAAGAAAUUAACUAUUGACAUGGUCCAAAAAUUUGGUAAACAUAGAUAUAUUGCAAAUUUAGGUCAUGGAAUUACACCACAGACUCCUCUAGAGAGUAUGACUGCAUUCACCGAAUCUGUACAUGAAGCUAUAUAGACUCUUGAAAGGGAUGUUUUACUGUUGUUAUUUGUUUUGAUUGUGGGAAUAAAGGUCACUUUUAUGGUAAUUGUUUAA